GCGCAGCAGACUCAACAGCAGUGAGGUUGUUAUCCAAGCGCGAGCUUCGUGUUAUGUCAUCUCUUUACAUACGCACAACAAACACAUCCAGAUUUCUUCGUGUGGGUCGCGGAAGAGCGAAAUAAAAGCAGUCAGCAUGUUUGGAGCAGUCGUGGUUGGCAUGGGCACAGCAGGUUGUGUGAGGAUUAGAGACAUGUUAGCUCCACAGCCUGGCAGUCCUGCAGAGAAGCUCACUGCCCGAGGAGUCAUAUCCAGGAGAAGCCUGGACACUCAGGAAGUGAGUCAGAUCUCAGUAGAAGAGGCCGUGAGCAGAGACGAUAUUCAUGUGGCAUUCAUCUGCACUGAGAAUAUGUUGCAUGAGGAUAACAUCAGAACUUUUCUACAGGCAGGGAAACACGUCUGUGUUGAGUAUCCCAUGACCAUGAACUACAAUGCUGCUGUGGAGCUCUGGGAUUUUGCCCAGGAAAAAGGAUUGAUUCUCCAUGAGGAACACAUCGAGCUGCUGACAGAAGACUUCAAAGGACUGAAGAGGGAGGUAGAGGGAAAAAUCCUGCAGGAAGGUACUCUGCAUUUUACUGGUGGACCUCUGAAGCCUGGAUUUGGUUUCGAAGCAUUCAGUGGUAUUGCUCGCCUCACCUGGUUGGUUGAGUUGUUUGGUGAGCUGUCAGUAACUGCAGCAACCUUAGAGGAGGACUCUGGUAAAAACUACAGCAAGAUGACUGCAAAGCUGCUGACAUCUGACAACAGACCUCUGACAUGGAUUGAGGAACGGGGACCGGGCCGCCCCAGGGCUAAGAACAUAAACUUUCGCUUUGACUCCUGCACCCUGACCCAGAUCCCUCCUGCACCCAGAGGAGCUGUGGGCCUCUUCAUGCAGGACAUGAUCCACUUCGCUGCCAAGCUGGUGGGCCAAGUCAGCCCAGAGGAGCUCCAGAGAGAGAAAAUCAGGAUCCUACACUGCUUAAAACUGGCAGACAAGAUACAACAACUUUGCCAAUGUUAAAUGGGAACGCUCCAGAUUUUGAUAAUCAUAAAGCUUGGAUCUUCUUAUUUAAAGGUGCAAUGUGUAAGAUAUUCAUUCAAAACAUAACAAAAUAGCUAUGAACAAAAUGUGAAGUAACAGUUCUGACGUGAUGUCAAAUGAAUUGCGUUGCAGAGAUUAUCUACUUAAGUUAGCAUGCUAACCUGCUAGCCAUACCCGUCCUGUCUUGUAAUACCAUUUUGUGCCUCGAGAGGUGAUAGUGAGUCACUGUAGCGUCCAGUUUGCCCUCAGUCCAACAUGAGAGGAUGGAGAAGUGCCCUGAGCGCUUGUCAAUUAGUGAUGCUGUAAGAGAUCCUCUCGCUCUCGCUCGCACUCCCCGACCUCUCGUUCUUCUGCUUUUUUGUCUCCCGCCACCACUUGAUCUUCCCCGUCUCUGACUGGACAGACUGGCGUGAAAUCAUCAUUGUCCAGAAACACAGGAGGCGGAAGUGCCGCUAAGAUAAUCUAUUAUAAAUUAUAUAAAUGAUCUGAUUCUGAUAAAAUAUGCAUACCAUGCUUGCCAAUCCUUUUUUUUCUCUGUCUUUUUCUCUGAUUUCUCUCUCUCUCCGCUGUUAUCCUCAAGUUUCAAAAAUAAAAAACUUCAUUCAAGAGGUUAUUAUACAGAUCAGCUCGAUCGUUACUGGUGAUUAAAAAAUAGCGGAGGGGCAGAAUGUCUUAGAGAGUAGCCUGGCUGAGGGGGAGAAGGAUGUGAAAUGCUGCCUCAUAUGUUUGGAGCGUGUGGCCGGGAAUUACACAUUGUACCUUUAAAUAUGAACCUAUAUUUCUUUUUCAUCACCAUGCCCUUAUGUUUUUGUACUUGUAAGAGUUGUAACAGCUUUUUAUUAUUUCAUCACGCCAGAGAUCAUUACUGUUUAGGUCACUGAACUGAAUAACACAUGCUAACAUGAUCAGCACAUCUGUAAACAUGCCUUUCUCAAAACAGAAUAUUGUGACUACUGGAAAUAUCAUAUAGAGCAGGUCUCCUGCAUCCAGCAAAAAUUCAGUAGGGUACAUCUGUAUCAUAUAGAAGGUAAUGUUUAUCUUUUUUGUCAAUAAACAUUGUUUUUACAUCAUAAAUGUAAAAAAUACAUCAACUUGGUAACAUUA